AUGAAAGCUACCUUCUUCGCUCUUCUUCCUCUUCUCGCCACCGUGGUAGUCGCUACAGCCCCUACUGCCGCUCCAUUCGCUAAAGUCAGAAGACAAGAUGACGGCUCAGCCGAUGGUGAAGAUCCUACCGCAGGUGAUCAAGCUGGUUCAGUAAUCGACGGUGGAAUCGACGGCGCUACUUCUGUCUUCGACGAAGCUACCUCUGGUCUCGACUCUGUCGUUGAUGAAGCUACUUCAGCUGUCGGUGCUGGUGCAAGUGACGCCACUUCUGUCUUCGAUGAAGCUACUUCGAAUAUCGCUUCUGUCGCCGACCAAGCAACUUCAGCUGUCGCUUCAAGACUUGUUGGAGCUACCGCCAGUGCAGCGAGUCUCGCCAGCUCUGCUUCUGGUGCUGUCGCCAGUAAAAUUGCCAGCGCUAGCGGUGCUAUUGCGAGUGCCACCUCUUCUGUCGCUGGCACUUCUCAUUCCGCUUCAGCUGCUUCCGCCUCCGCCUCAGCAGCUUCUGCCUCGGCCAGUGCCUCGAACGCUAGUGCACUCGGUGUCGACAACAAGCUCGUCGUCCUUGGUUUCGGAGCGGUUUUCGCCGCUGCCGCUUUCUAA